GCUCCUCCCAGUGCUGGGGCGGGACACCCCACCCCCUCGCCUUUUCCAGGCGGGGCACCCCACCCCCUCGCCUUUUCCAGGUCUGCAGAGACUGCCAGAGAACCUAGGUGGGGUGGGUGUGGCUGAGAAAGGGGUGUGAAAAGUGAACCUCGGCUCGGGGAGGGUGGAGGGGAGCGGACGGUGGUCGUGCCCGGGGGCCUAGAACCGACCAAUCUCCCGGGCUGGGAAUACCUUGCGCGGGAGAGGGUUACCGGGACGAAGGGUCUUCCCUGUGAAUAACGGCAGCAGGAUUAGGACUCAGGACAGGAAAUGCCUGAAGUCUGGGGAAAUACUUGGGUACAAGGAAGUUAAGGACAAAUUUGUAGAAUUUCUGUAGCCUUCCUCAUGGAGAGCCAGCGUGUAAUACUCUCACUCUUUGGUUCUAAAAGCAGAUAACGGGGCGUUGAAUGGACUGAUUUUCCAGUGCAGAAUGUGACGUUUUCCAAUCCCCUUUCCCAUGGUUCACUGAUUCCCAAACCUUGGAGUGCAUAUAAAUCCCUGGGGAGCCUAGGGAUUAAAGAUACAUUAUCAGGGCUCCCUAUCCGCCCCAUCCCCCACCCCUUAACCCUGGAUUCCUAUUCCCUAAAUGUCUGCCCCAGGGCCGGUAACGCUGAAAUUCAGCUGCUGGGCUGCUCUUCCUGACAUUUUGGAGACAGCCCUCCUGGAAAUCAGGCCCUGCCUGGGUGUGAGCAGACUUCUCCCUUGGGCUUCUGUAGAUUCCUAGGACUGUCCUGUUAAAUAAUUUAACUGCAAGCAACCUCCUUAACUUCCCGUGGCCCCCAUUUCUUAUCUAGUGAAGUAGUGGUUGUAAUCAAACCUCAGAGGGUAAUUGUGAGGAUUAAAUGUGGUCUUGUAUCUGAAAGCAUGUUGUAGGGUGUUGUGCAGUGUUGGCUAUUACUCUGAGAAUCAUCAAAGCAGUGUGGAAAACUCAGAGAAUUUGCAGUCUACCUAAGCUUUCCUUUCUGUAAAUUUAGUGAAAAUGAAACUGUCCUUAGUGGUUGUUUUGAAGAUUAAUUUUAAAAACUCAUGUAAAGAUUUCAGUAAAAGUAAGUUCAUUCAUUUAGUCCAAGACAAGAAGCAAAGUUUUCAUUUUUUUUUUUCCUCUCUAAUUUAACUUUUUUACAAUGAGUCUGAACUUUUUAACCGUUCUGAGUGAUCUGUUUGGUCCGUAAUUUCUCCAUGAACUCUGUAAGGUAUUAUUGCUAUUUCUUUUUCACAUUAAAAAACUGAGAUUGGAAGAAGAUAAGAAAUUGGUACAAGAUUGCACAAUUGGUAAAAGAAUCAGAAUAAAACUGAGGUCUGGGUAAAUUGAAAGUCUGCUUUUUGUACAUUAUGACUUUAUUUAUUCCAUUAUUUCAUUCUUUGGUCAGCAAGUCACUACUUUCAGUGAAGAGGUUUAGGUCUAUAACAAUUGAUUAUAAGUUUCUAUCAUUAACUGUUGCCAUUUUUCUACCUAAACAAUGACUUUUACUGCUUAAAAGGACGGAACUUCCAAAGGUGUUUCUAACUCAUAGCUCCAGCUAGAGGGAGCCUUUUAAGCUAUUCAAGGUCAAGAUGAAUAUAGACUCCAAGGAGAUUUUAUGCCUGGAUAUGCAAGCUCCCAAGGUUUGGGAAGAACUUAUGACAGAAAAAGUGGAGGCAGAAAGUCAUCUCCAAAUGCAGGAAUCUAGACUGAAACGCAGUAAUCCACUGGCCAGAGAGAUCUCCCGAAGGCACUUUCGACAGCUCUGCUACCAGGAGACUCCUGGACCCAGGGAGGCUCUCACUCGACUCCGGGAACUUUGCUACCAGUGGUUGAGGCCACAUGUGAGCACGAAGGAGCAGAUCCUGGACCAGCUAGUGCUGGAGCAGUUCCUGUCCAUCCUGCCCCAGGAGCUGCAGGGCUGGAUGCGGGAGCACUGUCCAGAGAGUGGGGAAGAAGCAGUGAUUUUGCUGGAGGAUCUGGAGAGAGAGCUUGAUGAACCGCAACACGAGAUGGUAGCCUGCAGACAGGAACAAGAAGUCCUUUCUAAAGAGACAGUGUCUCUGGAAGCACAGAUGUCACCGGCCUUUCAGUCCCAGCCUAAGGAGCCCCAACUCACACAUGACCCUGCUCAGGAGCCCCACCCUAUUGGAGAGACAGACACAUUUCUGUUUUGCAAACCUGUUGUCACCUCCCAGCUAAAAGGAAGUCGAGAACCGUGGUCUCAUCCCAGAGGAGUCUUAAGAGGUGGAAUGACCCAGGCUGAGGGCAGAGAGUUGGUGCUAAGGAAACAUUAUCCUAAGAGAGUGGAACCAUGUGGGAAAGUGUCUUAUGGACAGACCUGGGAGAAAUCACAGCAGGGGCCCCGACAUGGAGAAAUCAGUGAACAUAAGGGUGGGGUAGAGAGGCACUGGGGAAACCCUGUAGGAACCGGACCACACAGAUGUGAGGAAUGUGGAAAGAGCUUUGCUCAGAGCUCGGGUCUGGUUCGACAUCAAAGAAUUCACACUGGAGAAAGACCCUAUGAGUGUAAUGAAUGUGGGAAAACCUUCAGUCGGAGUUCAGGUCUUUUUAAUCACAGAGGAAUCCACAAUAUUCAGAAACGGUACCACUGUAAGGAGUGUGGAAAGGCCUUCAGCCAGAGUGCCGGUCUCAUCCAGCAUCAGAGAAUCCAUAAGGGAGAAAAGCCAUAUCAGUGCAGCCAGUGUAACAAGAGCUACAGUCGGCGCUCAUUUCUCAUCGAGCAUCAGAGAAGUCACACGGGGGAGCGCCCUCACCAUUGCAACCAGUGUGGGAAAAGCUUUAACCGCCACUGCAAUCUCAUCCGCCAUCAGAAGAUCCACCUGGUGGCUGAGCUGGUCUAAUCCAAGCUGUGUGCAAGUUUUCCGGGUCACUCACCAAGUCACGUGGGGAUCCUGGUGAAUGCUUGCAGUGUUCUACAUACCAUCCUUUAUAACCCUAUAUUUUCUUUGGAACUGCUGAGUUUUCCAUCUGAAAAAAUAAUCCAAUGAAAAGAAGGGACCUGUUAGGAGGGAGAAAAUCUUCCAAAUGAAAUGCAAGAAUAUGAAGUUGGUGUGUAUCUGAAAAGUAUAUGAAGAGGGAAUAAUUUGAGGAGGGCAUGAGAAAGAUGAAAUCUGUGAUGCCAGGCGCCAAAAGAAGAAAUAAUGGCCAGACACAGAACAGGUAUGUGGGAUAAGGAAAGAAAAGUUCAGACAGUGGACAUCUGUCAGUAGAAGGAAGGAAGAUGGGCCUAGGAACAUAUCCAGAAUGGUCCGGAAUGCUUAUGGAUAUGUCAAGAUUUGAUCAUGUAGGGGAUAUAUGCAACAGACUGUCAACAUGGUAAUGGGGGUAGAUGGAGGACUACAUGACCCUUUCACUUUGUGUUACCUCUCUUAGAGCUGUGAAUGUGCUUAUUGUACAGAGGUGGUAUGAAUCCCCCUUCCAGUUACUAGGGAUGAUGCUAUGAAGAAUGAAUGAAAAAUGUUUUAUUCUCAUCAGGGAACUUUUGGGGGAGAGUAGGGCAGCACCCAAGCUGGUCCAGAAUUGACUUGAAUAGUGCAAAGGAUGUCACAGGUUAAGAGCACUGAGACUGGAACUUCCAAGACAGAUUUGAAAUUUUGCUGUCUAUCAGGUAUAUUAAAGUGUUAGUUACUCAGUUGUGUCCAACUCUUUGUGACCCCAAGGAUGUAGCCACUAGGCUACAGGGAAUAUCCAUGAAAUUCUCUAGGCAAGAAUACUGGAGUGGGUUGCCAUUUCUUUCUCCAGGGGAUCUUCUCAACCCAGGGAUCAAGCCCAGGUCUCCUGCAUUGCAGACAGCCAGGUAAGCUCAAAGAAGGAGCUUCCUGGAGAAGGAAAUAACAGUUCAUGGUAUCACAAGAGGCAGACAAGACUUAGGAUUAAACCACCACCACCAGUGCAAAGGAGGGUAAGAGCUAGUGGCCCUGGUUUUUAUUGUGGUUAGGGGAUGGGCCCAGGAAAUACUUCUUAUGCACAGAUAAAGUAAGGACUUGCAUAGUUUGAGGUGCCAAGUGAGGAAGCACAUUUCUUAUAAACUUACUCAGAUGUGGGGGAGAAAGGAAGGGACAAAUAGAAGGUGAAAGCUGUCAGUGAUCUGUCAAAAAUCAACAACAGAGUCAGGAUUUUUUAAAAAUUACAACUGUUUAAAGAAAACCAAUUCAGGAGAUACUUUAUCAUGUGAUUCUAGUUGCUCUGUCCUUGUAAACUAAGGAGUAUGUAUGAAUUUAGCAUUCAAUCCAUUUUUAAACAAAUGUAUAUAACCAGAAAAAGCAUCUGUUUAAAAAAAAAAUCCAUAACUGUCCAUUUGACUACCUGAAGCUGUCUCACUACUGCAGAGUGGCUCACCUCCCACUGAAGUCAGCUGAGACUUUCUAGAAGAGGUGAGCUCCCAGAGGCAGCCUGUCCCCUCACUAGACUCUUAAAGAGAGUGUGGUUUGUGGGACCUGAGGUGAAAUUUCAGGGAUUCCUAAUCUGUUUGGAGACAUACAACUCUUUCUUGCCUACUUCCUGCCAGAGAGGAUCAGCUGGGACCUAUGAGUGAUUAAGAAUGUUUAGAUUCAAAAGGGUAUUACUAUGGUAGUGGUUAAUUUUAAUACACUGAGGAGCUAUAGUGUCCAUCAUAUUUUCAAAAGGGUCCAAAAACUAAACAAAGUUAAGAACUACUGCUUGAUGUGUGGUGGAAUGACAAGAAACAGGUGUGGUGGAGCCUUUUCAGAGAGAGCCCUGACUCCCACUUUGAUUUUUUUCACACGUACACACACACACACACACACACACACACACAGUCCCACAUCAACCUUUUCAUCUGCUCUCCUGGUUUACCAGGUUUUCUCUCCAGAUCCUCCAGCACAAUCACCGUCUCCUCGUCACAUUCUGGAUGACGUCCUCACCCUUAGACCAGUUGCUGGUCACUCUGCCUAUCCUGACAAGAUGAUACCCAGUGCAGCAGAAGCCAGUGCUUUGGGAGUACUUUUAAGGUACAGAACUAACUGUUGAAUACAAAGGUAUUAAUAUCAGAUGAGCUAGUUGAAGGCUAUAACCAGAAGAUUCUCUGAGGCUCACACAGCAAGAAGUUAACUCAGAAUUCAACCCUCAAUUCAGAAAAAUCUAGAUGUCUUCUACAUUCUGUUCACCCCUAGAAACCUUUCUUUGACUCAUAGAAUUCAGUUAUCUAAGGGGGUGUUUCCAGGUUUGCCCCUAUCCCUUUGGGAGAAAAGUAGAGAAAUGGAGAGAGAAGGAAUAUACUGGACAUCUCUUUGAGAUUACAUCAAAGACUGGCUUUUAUCACAGCUCAUAUUGUAGCCUUUCACAGUGGCAGUACCUAUCCAAGUGCUUGGUGUCAUUUGCCACUUUCCAACUUCCUCAGAUUCUAUUAUUUACUUUCCUGAAUCUGUUUCCUUAAGUAUGACUGAAAUUCCAGUCUUAUUUAUGGGACUGUGGACUACCCAAGCCAGGAGAGUCACCAUUGUUACCUGCACAACAGCUGAUUGAUAAAGGUGAGGGUAAAGUACUGUUCAUGAGAAACAAUGUGUGUGUGUGUGUGUGUUUGUGUUAGUCGCUCAAUCGUGUUCAACUCUUUGCAACCCCAUGGACAGUAGCCCAUCAGGCUCCUCUGACCAUAUAGGUGGGUAAAAAUCUUACUGGAUAACUGAAACUCUGGGUACAAAGCUUCUAUCCUAAUUUUUCUACUAAUUAGAUGGAGGAACUUGAGCUCCCUGAAUUUCUCUAGGUUUCAGCAGAGAAGUGAGGCUUUUAGUUUUUAGGGGGUCUUUAAAGUUGACCAUGGAGAGGUGCUCAUAAACCAUUUUUAAAGAGUCUACAAAUUAGCCAUAAUACCUUUUCUUUAAUUUUGUUUGGCAGCGAGGUGACUGUUCCUCAAGAGGUGAAAGCAGUGUGAGAGUUAAAAUGUGUCUAGAGUGAGUGCUGGCCUUCUAUGUCAAUAUAUGUAUGUAUAUACCUUGAGGAAAUUAGAAUUAUUAAAAAAAACAGUUAUGCAUGCAAAGCUUUAUCACCAUAAUAUGGAAAGAGAAUAUAUGUCUAAGGAAAAUUCAUAAGUAAUGCUCCAUAUCUUGAGAUUUAUGUGUAUGCAUAAUAGGGUCUUUGACCUAAGAUUAAACAAGACCAAAAGGACAUCAGCAAGGACUGGUGGACAUAUUUUCUCAGAUUUUUGGGGUCUGGGAUUUCAUUUUAUUCUACUAACAAGCUAAUUAGGGCUUCCCUGGUAGCUCAGCUGGUAAAGAAUCUGCCUGCAAUGCAGGAGAUCCUGGUUUGAUUCCUGGGUUGGCAAGAUCUGCUGGA